AUGGAAAUUGAUUUCAUGGAUGAUGGGCAUGGUUCUGGCUGGGAUGAUUUGGAAGAUGAUUUGGCACUGGAAGGACAUUGCCCGCAGGUUUUGUUUCAACCUAAUCUAGCUAUGGUCCCUCUCCCAUCCAACUUGGGUCUGGAGAGGUGCCAGGAGUUGGGCAUAGGCGGUCUGGUCAGACAAGAGAUCACCCUCAGGGAGGGACAGGCCAAUGAUAUGCUGCACGCGAUCAGAGUCCACCUAGCUGACAAGGCCGUUCUGUUCAGAACCACCAUCCGGCCGGCAAAGUCACAAGUCGCCACCACCUGGGCUUGGUCACAGGUCCAUUUGGUGGAACGGGUCAUCAGUCUCAACAGCACAAUAUACAAGAAAUGCCAGGCACAGCUGUCAAAUCUCAGGGCAGUUCAGCUGCUGGAUAAGUACUGGGAGUUGGUGAAAAAUGACCUGAAGGCCACCUCGGCUGUCACUGAUCCAAAUGCCUGA